GUCACACACAUUCUUCAGUCUCGCCGAGCCCUUGUGCUUAUGUUCGGGAUUGAGCAUCGUUUGAAUUAUUGUAAAAAUUCGAGUUUGAUUGCGAAAAAAAAACAUGUCACGGUUACUUUGGAAGACAGUGAGAGCGUCCACAAAAUGCCAUUCAUUCAAUUUAUUAGCGGUACCAGAAGCAAUUAGUGGCACAUCAACGCGGUCAAUCAAACGAUGGGUAGCACCAACCAUUCGAGAGUUAAACAAGCGCAAAAUCAAAUAUGCCGAUAAAUUGCCGCAAGUACAUAAGCGAUCGGGAUUUAUUGACUGGAACUUCAACGCGGAAAUCUAUGCAUUUGGCAAGCGAUUGAAUGAGAAUUUCGACUUGGUGCUCUUGGAACGAGCAUUCGUGCAACGAUCGUAUGUAGUUCAAGAGGAGCUACGUCUCGAAAAACUCGGUAUUGAAAAAGAUGAUUUGAAUUUGCAAGAUAAUCGUGAAUUAGCUGACAAAGGUUUAAAAUUGGCAAAACGUUACGUUGAAACCUAUUUGCGUUAUCAUUUGCCACAGUAUCCAGAUGAGGGAAUUGAUGCCAUUCAAAAUUAUCUACUUUCGACCGAGAAAUUGGCACAUGUUUCGCAAAAUUUGGGAUCAAAAGAAAUAAUUUUGGCUGCCGAAUACCCACCAUCCGUUGAAUCGUUGGCACAAACAAUGUUGGCCAUUGUCGGUGCGUUGGAGGAAUCACAAAAAGAUGGCAAUCUUCAACGACCAUACAAUUUUGUACGAGAUUUUAUUUGCACACAAUUGAAUCAAGUCGAUAUCAAUGAAGUGUGGAAAAUUGAAAAUCCAUUCGAAGUACUGAAACAAGUUUGUGCCCAUAAGAAUAUUAAAAACAUUGAACCACGAAUCAUUGGUGAUCUUAGCAAAAAUUAUAUUCUGGCGUGCUGUCGAAUCGGCAUCUACGAUGGUGAUACCAAAAAACUACUCGGCACCGGUUUCGGCGAUACAUACGACAAUGGCAUUGAAACUGCUUCCAUUGAUGCUCUUUCGAAAAUUUUCGGUUCAUUCAAUUUGCGACCAUUCGACUACACAAUCGCACCCGAGCAUCUGUUUGGCAGCAACGAGAAAACGAGACAAAUUGCCAACUGAACUAAAAAAAAAUGUUAAUUAAAAAUAAAAUCAAAUAUUGUUUGUAAAUUAAAUAGAAUAAAACAAAACCGUAUACAAUUUUAAAA